AUCUCAUUCUUGUAUACUUGCAUAUUUUUUUCAGAUUCUUUUGAAACCGGAAAGUUUGAAUUUUAAUUUUUUUAAAAAAUUGGGCUCGAUGGAGCCCGGUCACCAAAACGCUCCAAGUCACCUAGGGAGUAUAAUUCUCAUCCUUGUACAAUUAUAUGAAAUGUUGGAGUACAAUUUUCAACGAGUAAUUCGCAUAUAUUCUGAGGCACCUAAUUCAAUUUUAUAUGUACGUCCAGAUUUUGUCCAAUAUUUAGAUUACUUUUGUCAGAAUGGGCGGUCGUGUUGUUUGGGUGCCAUCAACGAUGUACGCACUACUAGUACUUGAAAAGGACUUUUUUGUCUUUCCACUGAAGAGCAUAAAAACUCUCUCUCCUUUCCCUUGGACAAAGAAAUGCAUAGUGUAUCAAUCAUUGUCACUCAUAUUGCCACCAACCAACAACAAAUUAACGAACAAUAAUGUGGUUUGUUAGGAGAGAGGAAUUAAUAUCCUGUACACGUCAACAACUCAUCCAAGACAAAUUAUCAUGUGUUUUCUAAGUUUUGAAACAUGAGAAUUAGCAAAUAAGUCGAGUUUGUAUCCUCCAAACCACGAGUCGAGAAGAUGACAUGAUGUGACACUCACCAACGAGGCGGCCGGGCCCUUUAUAAAAUCUCCUAAGUUGGGGCACCUUCGUCAUGUACGAAUCUACAACAUGCAACCAUGGCCUCACCACCCCAUCUCAACAAGCACCUCAAACCAUUGUUCCAGCUCGUCGUAAACAACUUGCUUGUAUUCGUCGCCGCACCGCUGACAGCCACCAUGGUCCUCCAUAAAGCCGCACAGCUCGGACCCGAGGAGAUCCUCUCCCGUCUCCAUGGUUUACGGCAGGUCCACGUUCUGCUCGUCGUCUUCCUCCCGCUUUCCUUGGCCACCCUCUACCUCAUGAGUCGCCCUCGUAGCGUGUACCUCAUCCACUACGCUUGCUGCCGGCCAAAAUCCAAUUGUCGCGUCUCCAUAGGCUCCUCCGUCGAGAAUGUUCGCCUCUCGCCUUACCUCGAUGAUGGAGGUGUCGACUUCAUGACGCGCAUGCUCAAGCGCUCGGGCCUCGGUGACCAGACCUACCUCCAUCCUUCGUUCCACUAUAUCCCCCCGCGUUGCAGCUUAAGUGAUGGCCGUGACGAGGCGGAGCAGGUCAUCUUUGCAGCCGUCGACGACUUGUUCGCCAAGACAUGCAUAAGUCCUGGAGCUAUCGACAUACUCGUCACCAACUGCAGUGGAUUCAACCCGACCCCGAGCUUGGCUGACAUCGUCGUGAACAAGUACAAGCUCAGAGCCGACAUCCGAAGCGUGCACAUAUCCGGGAUGGGGUGCAGCGCGGGGGUGAUCUCCCUAGAGGUCGUGAGAAACCUCCUGCAGGCGGCACCACAGGGCGCUUGCGCCCUGAUGGUGUCCACAGAGGGUACCUCUAUCAUCAACUAUGCCGGCAAGAACAGGGGGAUGCUACUGCCGUACGCCCUGUUCCGCAUGGGUGCGGCCGCGGUGCUGCUGUCGACGUCCAAGUCCAUGGCCCGCUUCCGGCUCAUGCACAUCGUGCGAACGCUCACCGCCGCACAUGACAGAGCUUACAUGUGCAUUUCCAUGAAAGAGGACCAUGAGGGAGAAACAGGGGCAUACCUGUCCAAGGACCUUGUGUCGGUCGCCGGCGAAGCUCUCAAGGCCAACAUCAAGGAAGUAGGGUCCCUCGUGCUCCCGCGCUCGGAGAAGCUGCUCUUUGCGAUCUCGUUCAUUGCGCGGAAGGUGCUGAGAAGGAAGAUCAAGCUCUAUGUCCCUGAUUUCCGGACGGCCUUCCAGCACUUUUGCAUCCAUUCCGGUGGUCGGGCGGUGAUCGACGCGGUGCAAAGUAGCUUAAGCUUAUCAGACAGGGAUGUCGAGCCAUCACGAAUGACGCUUCACCGGUUCGGGAACACGUCCAGCAGUUCAUUGUGGUACGAACUUGCAUACAUCGAGGCCAAGAGGCGGAUGCGGAAGGGCCACCGGGUGUGGAUGAUCGGGUUCGGUUCUGGGUUCAAGUGCAACAGCGCCGUGUGGCAGUGCAUCAGGCCGGCCAACAACACCGCUGCUGGCACGCCAUGGGCUGAUUCUAUUCAUCUGUAUCCUCUCAACAACAUCUCGGAGGAAACGGGCUAAAAACUUCGUGCACGGACGUCUACAAUUCAAUCCAUACCAUAGUAUUGAUUUGUCUGUUUAAGUUUGCUUUAUUCAUAGCACGCUGAGACAAAGAAAAUGUAUGUAAUGUUGUUGGAGAAAAAAAUAGGAAAAUAAAGCAUGUUUGUGGGUAAGUAGAGCAACAUAUAAAACACAUUUAGACAUGUAUCUGGCACCCUAUUUUCUACUUAACGGCCACACCCACAACCACUGCCUCAAGGAGUGCACACAACUAUCUUUACUAAAAGACAAUAUUAAUGAUCAUGAUUCUUCUCAGUCCCAAUCAAAAGUAGCUGGUGGAGUGUAAAUCAUUAUGAGCCUAACAACAUCAACAUGUUCUAACACAAAUUUAGUGAUUUCCAUUUUUGUUAGGAUCACGUAGAAAAUGGAGGAUGGCAUGUGGAGCCUCCAUUAUUCGUGAGCCUUUUUCUCUUUCUCGCAGUUUAAAUA